GCCUCCGGGGUCUUUGCACUUUCUUUCAAUGGGCUGAUUACAACACAGAGGAUGUGGACAGUGGAGUUUUUCCUGUUUGAUGUCACACUGCUACCCUUUAAAAGUCUGAUGGCAAAAAGGAGGGAAUCCAGUCUAGGAUCCUCACACCAGCUACUUGCAAGGGAGAAGGAAAGGGCCAGCGAGGCCUGGGCCAGGAGAGGCCCGACAGGAGUGUCAGGUUUCAAUCUCAGCUCUAGCCACUCAGAGCAGAGCACGAUGUCGGGGGCCCGCCUCAGGCUCUGGGUCUGUGCCUUGUGCAGCGUCUGCAGCAUGAGCGUCCUCAGAGCCUAUCCCAACGCCUCCCCACUGCUUGCCUCCAGCUGGGGUGGCCUGAUCCACCUGUACACAGCCACAGCCAGGAACAGCUACCACCUGCAGAUCCACAAGAAUGGCCAUGUGGAUGGCGCACCCCAUCAGACCAUCUACAGUGCCCUGAUGAUCAGAUCAGAGGAUGCUGGCUUUGUGGUGAUUACAGGUGUGAUGAGCAGAAGAUACCUCUGCAUGGACUUCAGAGGCAACAUUUUUGGAUCACACUAUUUCGACCCGGAGAGCUGCAGGUUCCGACCCCAGAGGCUGGAAAACGGCUACGACGUCUACCAGUCUCCUGAGCACCACUUCCUGGUCAGCCUGGGCCGGGCGAAGAGGGCCUUCCUGCCAGGCAUGAACCCACCCCCGUACUCCCAGUUCCUGUCCCGGAGGAACGAGAUCCCCCUCAUUCACUUCAACACCCCCAGACCGCGGCGGCACACCCGGAGCGCCGAGGACAACGCGGAGCUAGACCCCCUGAACGUGCUGAAGCCCCGGGUCCGGAUGACCCCGGCCCCGGCCUCCUGCUCGCAGGAGCUCGUGAGUGCCGAGGACAGCAGCCCGGUGGGCAGCGACCCGUUAGGGAUGGUCCGGGGCGGUCGGGUGAACAACCGCGCUGAGGGAACAGGCCCGGAAGGCUGCAGCCCCUUCCCCAAGUUCAUCUAGGGCCGCUGGAAGGGCACCCUCUUUAACCCAUCCUUCAGCAAACGCAGCUCUUCCCAAGGACCAGCUCCCUUGACGUUUCGAGGCUGGGAAAGGUGACGGGGGUAAUGUAUGGAAUUCGGGGCUUCUGUGGGGUCCCUUCCCCAGGAGGUCCUAUGAGAUUUGACCUUUGAGGCUCAAGUCAUGGGGUUUCACCGCCUUCCUCACUUCACGUAGAGCACCUUUCUGAAUAGGAAACCCCAACAGGUAAACUAGAAAUUUCCCCUUCCUAAAGGCAGAGAGAAAGGGUCUCUCCCCAACACAUUUCUCUUCCUUGGGCCUCUCUUCUUUAUCACCUCUAAGCAUUAAAAAAAAAAAAAAAAAAAAAAAAAAAAAGCAGUGGGUUACUGAGCUCACAACUUUGAAGGUGUAGGGAAGAGGCGGUCCAGAGAUCCCAGAAGCUUCCCCACUGCCCUGUGUGUGUUUUAUGUUAUGUGCCUGGAUCCCACUGGCAUUUGAGUGUGCAGACCUUGACAUUGACAGCUGAAUGGCGCAAGUUGAUGAAAACACUACUUCCAAGCCUUCGUUCCUCCUUGAACCUCUCUGGAGAACAGCUGUCAAAACACCAGUGGUAGGCUGGUGAAAACUUGACAACUAGACUUGAUGCUUGCUGAACUGAGGCAGGAAUCACAGGAAAACUCAGCCUCCCUUCAGGGUGAGCACGCUGUGUCUCGCUGUCUCCCUCUCUGCAGCCACAGCCAGAGGGCCCAGAAUGGCCCCACUCUGUUCCCAAGUGGCUCAUGAUACAGCCUCACCUCUUAGCCCCGUCUCCGGUUUUUGAAAAUUUGAUCUUAGGAAUCGCUUUUAUAUUGGCUCGUGAAAACCUACCCUGCUAGAUUCCAUAUUUUCAAAAUGGAAAUAAAUUCCAACUCUCCUAAGAGGCAUUCAAUUAAGGCUCUACUUCCAGGUUGAGUAGUAAUCCAUUCUGAACAAACAAUAACCACGUGACUGAGAAGGGGGCCGAGAGACACUGGGACUGCUCUGGGUUAGGUUUUCUGUGACUGAAAAAUCGUCUCCUUUUCUCUAAGUGAAGUGGCAUCAAGGACUCAAGGGGAAAGAAAUCCGAUAACCAGGGGACAUGCUACAGAGGUUACCAAAAGGCAGCCAGAUGGUCGGGCUCGUGGCUGUGGUCUCUAGGCCUCUGCUGCAGCAGUGGCUCUUGGGACAGUUAAAACACUCCUAGGCUGACACAUCUGGGUCUCAAUCCCCUUAGAAAUUCUUGGUGCCUUAAACGAAGACAACUUUCAGUCCCAGGAGCCCCAGUGCUAUCUGGAGGAAGCAGAGCUUCAUAAAGCAAGCAGCACAGGAGCAGAGGGGUAGCAGGCAGCUGGGCCUGACAGUCAGCUCUCAUCCCAGCCUUUCCCCAUUACUGCGGUUCUUCCUGCGAGGGGCUCCGUUUUCCUACCUCUCUUUCAAUGACCACCUGAAGGACAGAAUAUUAACAAGCAAAGUCCAUUCAGCAACAGCUUCUCCCCACUUUUUUUUUUUUCCUCACUGCCAUCAUGUACUAACCUUAUUCUUUCAUCUAUUCUUUUAUCAGAGAAACAUUGGACAACUGUUUUUACCUGAUGGUUUUAAGCUGAACUUGAAGGAUUGGUUCCUAUCCUGAAACAGUAAAACUAUGUAUAAUAGUAUAUAGCCAUGCAUGGCAAAUAGUUUAAUGUUUUUGUUUUCAUUUCCUGUUGGAAAUAUUAUCCUGUGUAAUUAGCUAUUGGAGGCUCCCCAGUGAAAAAUCCCAAAAGGAUUUUGGUGGAAAGCUGGUUGUAAUCUCACAAACUCAACACUACCAUCAGAGGUUUUACAAUUUCUAAUA